UAUAGAAAAAUUGCGACACGUGCAUUUACGUUUGUCAGGGUUGAGUAUCCCCAGCGAGGUGGGAACUCAUAAAUUUCUGUCGUGAGCGCCAUUGAUUUUGAUGAGAAUUCAAAAUGGUGAAGCGAAAAGCUCAAGAAAUUUUGAAUAGACACAAGAGACGAAGGAAAACAAAGCAGGCUGCCGAUGAGACAAACAAAACGUCGGGGAAAAGUGUUCAGCUGUCGAAUGCCUGGAUAAACAAACAGAGGGUGCUGGUGUUUGCAGCGAGGGGCGUGUCCUACCGAGGUCGCCACCUUAUGCUUGACCUGCGAACUCUGAUGCCACACUCCAAAGAAGAUGUGAAAAUGAACGCCCGAGCUGGUAUGUCCCAAAUUAAUGAGAUAUGCGACAUGAAGAAUUGCAACAAGUGCAUCUUCUUCGAGUGUCGCAAGAAGAAGGAUCUUUUCAUGUGGUGUUCCAAUGUUCCACACGGACCCUCAGCCAAAUUUUUGAUAGAAAAUCUACACACCAUGAGUGAGCUGAAACUGACGGGCAACUGUCUACGGGGCGCCAGACCGAUCUUAUCAUUCGGGAAGGAGUUUGACGAGGAACCGCACUAUCAGCUACUCAAAGAGUUGUUUAUUCAGAUAUUCAGCACUCCUAAUCUUCACCCCAAGAGCCAGCCAUUUUUCGACCACAUCUACACGUUCUCCGUCCUUGACAACAGGAUCUGGUUCCGAAACUACCAGAUUUUGGAAGAGGAUGGAUCGUUGGUGGAGAUCGGCCCACGCUUUUGCCUCAAUCUUAUCCGGAUCUUCAAGGGCAGCAUUGGAGGCCCAACAUUGUAUGAAAACCCGAAAUACGUGUCACCAAACGAGCAACGGCGCAUCCUCAAGAAGCAGCUAGCCGUGAAGUUCCAGCAACGCAAGGAGGCAGUCCAGGGCCGGGAGGAACGCCGGCUCACCGAGACCUACAAGAUGGACACCCUGGAUGAGGUGUUCCACACCAUACGGCCGGAGGACGCCAAGGGCAGCGAGAAGCUGACAUUCUUCCGGAAGACGGCCACGACGCCAAAGCACAAGCGGACCACGUCCAAGAAGUAGGACAGGGCCCAGGCAUCCAGUUAGCAGACAACAGAAGCAAUUCACAAUUCUAGCGCAUGGUGUUGAAGUCGGGUACUUCACAGACACUUCACUGGUUAUAACAAGUUACUACUAAUAGCAGAUGGACUGUAUGAAAGGAAUGUUGGUUACCAUACAUGUAAAUCAUGGGGGGUUGGAGGGUGUACAUCUUCUCCACUUUGUUACUGGGGGAGGGGCUAUUGAAUCUCCCCCCGCUUGCUCACGGGGAGGAAAUAAUUUGGGCGGAAGAAUUUUUCAGACUUACCAACAACCAAAAUGUACUCAGUAGCACUCAUAAAAGGGAGAACAGUUUUAAAAAUCCAUAAAUCUGCUGUUUUGAUACAAGGUUCUGCAGGAAUGUAAGACGUAUUACAGACAAGCAACUCUAUCAUGAACAAAACCCCCCCCCCAAUGUCAUUUAGUGUAAGCACCCCCACUUUUUCAAAUUUCCAUGGGUCGGGCAAGUCAUCCCCCCACACGUCCCACUUUUAAGAACACACUUUCGGUAUUUUUGUUAACAUCUUUUAUUCAAGUAGACAGUAGGCACUGAAUCAGAUUGAAGUUGGAGUCACGCACAGUGAGUGAAUGGAAGGGCUGAUUGUGUUUUGCUACAUAUUAUUUUUUCUUCUCAUAGAGGUGGUCAUAUUACAGGAACGUGAGCUGAUACUGGCGUACCCUGUCACAGUUCAUGUCUCUUAUCGUACCCCAUGAAAGAAUUUUGACGUGCAAAAUUCAACGAAUCUGUUUCACUUGAUUUAUUGGCGGGUGCUUACAGUACUGCUCCGUUAUUAAAAUGAUUACAUGGUUCAAAAAUCUUGCAACUUCAUUUUUACUCUCUGUGUAUUAAUUG